CUUUCCUGGCUGGAUCGCAGCACCAAUCCCUUGCCACUGCUGGAUCGCAGCACCAAUCCCUUGCCACUGCUGGAUCGCAGCUGCCUGCUGCCUCGGUCGGAUCGCAGCAGAAACCAUCUCUAGUCGCCGCUGGAUCGCAGCCGCUUCCUGCCCCUGUUGGACUGCAGCAUGCCACAGAACCAUCUGCUGGGUCGCAGCACGCCACUGAAUUCUCUGCUGGAUCGCAGCAGUAUCCUCCUUCCCUGCUGGAGUGGCAGGCUCCGGGUUCCCAGACAUCACUGGUUCUGCCAGCUCCUCUACCAGUCUCUCCAUCACCAGCUUCUUGUCCUGCUGUCCCGUCGGCGGCUCCCUGUUCUGCUGUCCUGUUGCCGGGCCCUGAUCUGGUUCUCUAGCCUCCAGAGGGGUCCCGCCUUCGCGGCUGCCCGAGGUCCUCUGCUCCACACAUGUCCAGCCCCCAGGCCAUCCGCCCGAGGUCCUCAGUUGCGCACAUGCCCAGCCCCCGGGCCGUCCACCCGAGGUCCUCAGCUCCGCACGUGUCCAGCCACCGAGUUUGGUGAACUUUUUGUUGCACCUGGUUCCAGUGCCCAAUUCCCCGGCAGUUUUACCUCUGCUUGUACCUGCCUGUACCUGCCUAUCAACCACAUCACCCUCAAUAAACACUGUAGCCAUCUGGCUACUUCACCCCAUUACGCUUCCUGGUCAUCUGCAUUUGGAUCCAUACACCACUACACACAUCAUAAGACAAUAACAGCAGCACCAAUCCCUAGUCGCCGCUGGAUCGCAGUCGCCUCCUGCCCCGGUUGGACCAUAGCACGCCACAGAACCGUCUGCUGGGUCGCAGCAUGCCACGGAAUUCUCUGCUGGAUUGCAGCAGUACCCUCCUUCUCUGCCGGAGUGGCAGGCCCGGACAUCACGGGUUCUGCCAGCUCCAUUACCAGUCUCUCCAUUGCCGGCUUCCUGUCCUGCUGCCCUGUCGCCGGCUCCCGGUCCUGCUGUCCUGUUGCCGUGUCCUGCCUUCGCCGCCGGCCUCCAGAGGGGUUUCGCUUUCACCGCCGCCGAACUACGCCGCCGCCUCCUGUGACUCUCCGUCUUUUCCGCUGGCCUCCUGUGACUCUCCGUCUUUUCCGCUGGCCUCCUGUGACUCUUCGUCUUCACCGCCGGCCUCCUGUGACCUUCCUCCUGUGCCACCGGCAUUCCGCCAGGCCUACAGAUGGUUUUGAUCUUCGUCGCAGACCUCAUGAGGUCCUCAGCUCCGCACAUGUCCAGCCCCUGGGCCAUCCGCCCAAGGUCUACCACUUGGCCCUUGUUUGCACCUGUGUCUUGUUAUUUCACCUACCCUAGGGUAU